GAGAGGCGGCGGCGGAAGUGGCGAGGCGUGGCCCGGAAGCGCCGCCGCCCCGCCGCCGGGAGCCGAGCGACCAUGGCCGAGACGGACCCCAAGACAGUGCAGGAUCUCACUGCCGUGGUGCAGACAUUGCUUCAGCAAAUGCAGGACAAAUUUCAAACCAUGUCUGACCAAAUAAUUGGAAGAAUUGAUGACAUGAGCUGUCGCAUAGAUGACCUGGAGAAGAACAUAGCAGACCUCAUGACACAGGCAGGAGUGGAAGAAUUGGAAGGCGAGAACAAGACCCCUGCUACUAACAAGAGUUAAAGUUGCCAAUAACUUAAGAUGAACUCUGGAAGAUUUCUUUUUUUUUUUUUUUUUUUCUACAAAUCCUUGGAAUUACAGAACAGCUUUUUGCAACUACUGUGUGUAAAAGCAUUUUUAUAUUGUUACAGAGCUUGCAUUCCUAAUGUAUAUUGUAUAGUUAGGGAUAGGUUAGUUUAUAUUUUGAUUUGUGUACUGUAAUUUCACUUUUUGAAUUCUUGUUAUGAGGAUCAAUUAGUUGUGUUAUUAAAACACAGAUCUUAUGGAUAUCAACUACUGGGUAUAUUUUUUUGUGAAGUCACUUUUUUCUCGAUCUUACACUUUUUCUAGACGUUUCAUUUUUGAUAGCUAAACAUCUAGUGACUUGUAUCAAAUGGAAAUCUUAACUUGUCCUACGUAACUUUGUGGAGUGAAGCACAAGAUUGAAACUUAGCAUUAAUUUUAGCUCUAAGUGCCAGUCACUUAAUUAGUUGAGGACUAUGUGUUGUGUUCUCAUAAAUGUAAGAAGGUGAUUUUUGGAAAGACACUGAACAUAAAAAUUGUAUUUCCUACUCCUGGUAUUACCUUACCUGUAUGAUCUUAGAACAUAAACCAGAAAUAUAGAUUUAACAGUAGAGAUAUCUGUAUGCAGUUGAGCAACCACUGCCAUUCAAAUCUGUUAUAUUUAGACAAGGAACUAUUAACUAUGAAAAAUCUCACUGUGGGAUUUAAGUUUUUUAAUACUGUAAAACUACUUUGACUGUGUCAUUUAGCAUCACCUUUAAACAAUAAUUAAAAUAGUGAUACUGGAUGGAAUAGGGAUGGGAUUGCAGGAGUGUCUGUAUGUGGUCUUGCAGUUCAUCACUGGCUCAUACAAAACAGUUUGCUAACAAAACAAUGAUACGCCGAGUAAAAAAAGGAGAGAAUCCAGUUACAAUUGCAAAGCCCUGUUUCUCUUUGAAUAACAAUUAGCUGGAACUGUUUCAAAUAUUUGGUUUAGAAAGGUGUUUGCUUUUAUAAUGAUAUCCACCUUUAUGGGCCUGGAGUUUAAUGGAUUACAUUAGAGUAUUUUGGCACUGAAAAGUGUAUUUAGCAGAGUCUGUACCAUGUCACUUGUGAAGAAAAAUGACCAAUGUCGGAUGUUGCAGAAAAUCAUUGCAAUGCUCCUCCAGCUGGAGAUAUGAAUUUAAGAAAGCACUAGUGGCAGUCAGCCGUUAUUUGUGGACCGCACUUAAGACUGCUCUUUGAACGCCACUGCAUUAGCGUCUGUGUAUUAUAAAGGCAAUGUGACAGGUCAUUUUUCAAAACCGAGGGGAAAUUGUAAUGAAAGCUCCUAAUAAUAGGGGAAUUUCGUGGACAUAGGAAGUGUCUCAAUAUACCUUGUAAUACCAGCCUUAGGUUCUUUGUAACGUUAUUUAAAAACCUAAUAAACUAUUAUGUGGCAAGAAAUAGUUAGGUCAUAUAUAUUAAAGCAAAAUCUAGCAUAAGUAUAUCCUUAUAUGUGAAAUUGUAUUUAGUUAUAAGUUAUAGAACCGCUUUAGCACAGCCGCUGCUUAUAGAAUAUAGUCUAGAAUAUAGGUGUGUUCUGUACAUUAAAAGGGUGAGCGUGAUUUGUGCCCUGUCAAAUCUGGAUUUUACUGGGUGAUUACAACAUAGACCGAAUUCAUAGGAAGGUAUAUUAAAGUGGAGGAUCAUUUUGUAUGAAGUUUAUACAAUUAUAAAUUCUCACCUGGCCUCCUGUGGGAGAAAUGGUCAUUCUUGAUUUUUCUUGCACUGUCCUAUAUGCAGCAGUAGUAGGCCUGCUUUCCUGAAGCUUAUUGUGUCAGAAUAAUUUGUUGGAAAAUUAUUUCAGCUUUAAGAAGUAGUUGGAUUCUUCAAGUCAUUGGAAAGUUUCUAAUCUCUUUUCAGUAGGGAUAGUUUUCUCUCACAAAUUUAACACUUAACUGAUUUUGAAAAGUAGCAAAUUCAAAACAAGCCUUUUAGACAGGAAGGUAUGACUUUUAGCUGUUUAAAGACUGCAUAUUUUUGAGAAACGUGUUUUAUUCUUACUCUGAACCAAUGAUAGAGCUUCUGUGUAUAAGCAGCAUAUGCAAGCCAAAGUACAAUCCCUUUUGGCCACAUUUUCCUGAAGUGCAGUUAGUUUAAUAGACAAAUCAAACCAGAAGAUGACUGUUCUUAAGUGUUCUUUAUAUGGAUUUGAUAACACUUUACAAAAAUAAUAGUGGUUUGGUUUUUUUUUUCCCCCUGAAUAUGCUGGUUCACAUCUUACCUGACAAAUAUUUGUCCCUUCCACUGGGCUGCCUCACUUGCAAAGAAAAGGAUCAAGCUCAUGAAUAGGGACCGUCUGUUAUUAGAAUAUGAAGAAAGCUGUUCCAUAUAUUCAUUUAAAUCAAACUAUGUGCUGUGUUCUGUUCAGGACUGUUGUUUGAGACAGCAGCUUGUACUUUUUAGUUACAUAUCUCUGUGCUAAAGUCUAGAUAAGGACUUUCUACUUUAAGAGAAAUUUUCUGCUACCUGUCAUCAUGGUAACACACUCUUGGAUUUUAUCAUUGAGAUAUUUACCUCCUACAGUUUAUUUUCACAAACGGUUACAGAUUAAAGGCGCCCUACUCUGAUUUCCUUGUAUAAGCAGGUGUGGUGGAUGCUGCAUUUUCCAGUUUGCACCAGUUCAAAGCUGGUGUAAAUUUGAGCAGACCUGCUGUAAUGCAUAGGCACAGCAGACGCAUGAUAGGGCAGCAGAAUUGUCUGUUCUGCUUGUGUGAGUGAGCAUGCGUGUCUGCUCAGGUCUGCCUCCUGCCUACCUGCAAGAGGGAAAAGGGUUUCUGGCACAAUAGGUGCCAUCUAGGAGGGUGUGAGAUAGGUGGAAGAUGAGCUCUCUUGAACUUGCUGCUUCCUGUAUUCUUUCCCAUCCUAGCCCAAGCAGCAAGGAAGGGGAUAGCAAAGCUACUUUUCGUAAGUGGUUAUGAGUUAUGGAAUUGCACAGAACAACUAGAGAGUCUGCGGGUCCUGCAUGUAUGGGGAAAAGGGAGAAGAACUAAGGUUGGAGAAGACAACCCCCUCUGCUAAAUUCCUCAAGCUCUCUGUUGUCUCUGCUCUCACCACCACUCUCUUCAACCCCUGCUUCUCUUUGACUCGUCAGAGCUCAAUUUCAGCUGUUACUGAGGAGAAAGCCAUUGUUUCCAAACUGCCUCCAGGUAACUACUAAGUACAGAUGUCCUUUCAUAAAAGAUCUUCAUGAGGAACAGCAAAUAGAAUUAGUUUUUUCCUAGGACAGGAAUUAUGAGUGAUACCAUGCAAGUCUUCAGCCACAGUUUUCGUAGCCAAUCAUUAAUAGCAGUAUUGUUUUCUGAAUGUUAGACUUAAGACCUGAGAUCCCAGAAAUAAGCUGGCUGAAGAUCUCAGAAGCUGUGUGGCCUAUGUAUUUUACACUGGGCAACAGAAAUAAAUUUGAAACGCCUG